UUUUUUCCAAAAAAAUUUUUACGGAACGAAACAGCACGGGCACGUCCGGAUUUUUGCGGGAUUUCGUGUGUGUCUCGCCAUUCGGUGUUACAAAAAAAACAACGUGUGUGCAAUUUGUAAAUACAAAUAAAAGCAUUUUUCUAGUGUUAAACCAGUUCUAAAGAGCUCGUUAAAAGAGAAUUUAUAACGUAUAAAAUAGCUUUAUAUGUGUUCUAUCUUUUAUAUUCGAAAUCAAUAAACUAAACUGGAAAUCCAUUGACAACAGCAGCAGCAUCACCGAGAAAAUAUUCAAAGAGGAAAAUGAAGCCAAAGCAAAAGAUUUCAAUGGAGCCGAUGUUUCCGGUCAACGGUAAAUUCGUAAUGCUCAGCGCCCUGCUAAUCGGAAUUCUGGUGGCCACCACCCAAGCCCAAGAUCAGAAAGCCGUUAAACCAUCGGCAGCAGCGCCCGCAUCGCCAACAUCCUUGGGCUCUCGGGAUGCAAUCUAUAUUGAUGAUGAUACCAUUGAGGGCUCCGGCGGACGUGGCGGGAUACACGAGGAUCUAGAGAAAGAUCCCGACUAUUCUGGCUCCGGUUUUGGACCCGAUGACGAGGACGCCGAACCCGAUCAGCACUCUCACACAUCGCACAACACACGCGUCUCGCAGAACAUUGGCGGCGGCAUAAACACAGCUCAUUUACCACCACAAACCUCAUCCACGACCUCAACGACAACAACUGUUCCAACAACCACCACAAAAACCCCGUCCACAUCCUCUACAACAACAACAACUGCUACACCAACAAUCGCAGCCAGUACAACAACGUCCACAACAGCAACGCCUUCCCAAGUCAACUCCACAAUUCCAGCCACAUCCACGAAUCAACCGAUAUUCCCUGCUUUCGAUAAGGAUCUCGAUUUGGCAGCUGGCAGCGGCGAUAAAAUCGAUGAUGAUGACGAAGAGGACGAUGAUAUUUUCGGUGCUCCUAUCGAUGAGGAGAUCGAAAAGGAUGGCGAUAUCGAUAUCGAUCGCCCGAUAUCGCAAACGCCAGUGCUUAGCGGUAAACCCAAAGACGAUAACGAUAACGACAACGAUUAUGGUAACGGUGAUAGCGAUGAUGGCGACGAUGACGGCACCAUUGAUGUGGAUGGCGGCAACGAGGAGGAGGAUGAGAAUGUGAAUGGCGGUGGUACUGGCAGGACCAGUACUGGUGGCAACGAUGGAGAUAUCAUUACAGAGCGCGGACUAGCGGGCGCAGGUGAUACCAACGUACACGGGUUGGACCCCAAUACGAACGUGAACAGCCAGCCCUCCGACACGAAGAGCAGCGAUCACAGGCCCAACGGCAACGAGGUGGUCAUCAUGAGCGAGGACGAUCGCACGUCGAGUUUCUUCUCGCAGCCGGGCAUCCUGGCUGCUGUCAUUGGUGGUGCCGUUGUUGGCCUGCUCUGCGCCAUACUCGUGGUGAUGUUCAUCGUGUACCGCAUGAGGAAAAAGGACGAGGGAUCCUAUGCGCUGGACGAACCCAAGCGCUCGCCGGCCAACAAUUCGUAUGCGAAAAACGCGAACAAUCGCGAGUUUUACGCCUGAGAUAAUGGUACAGCGCGCAGGUAUUAAGUUGGCCACUUGGCCAGGAGCGGGACCGAACUGCAAGGACGACGAGGGCAAGGACGACGACUGGAUGAGGACGAAGUAGCGGUGGAGGAGACGCGAGUGAAGAUAGAAGAGCGACUGGGUUUGGUUGGGCUCAACUGAAUACACUGUGCGGAGUGGCAGUGCGACGUCAUCAGCAGGACCACUGAAACAAGGAUAAUUCAUUGUCCGCAGCAGCAGCAGGAGCAGCAAAACUAACACACAAAAAAACAAAACCAAUUGAAAAUCGCAAAACAUUUUCAAAUCACACAAUUUUUCGUGAGGGGUAAAUAAAAACAAAAAACCAUAAAAAUAAAAAUCAGCGAAAUAAUAACAAAAGGAAAAAGAAAACAAACAAAAAAAAAAUUGAAAACUUACCUGUAAGUUAAUGCAAAAUAUGCACACACACAGACGGACAGGUGACUCUCUCUGCGUGUGUGUGUGUGUGUGUGACUUUUCUAAUUAAGUAAGUUUUAAGCGAGAAAAACAAACGGAAAUAUCAAAUAUAAAUUGCAAGUAAAUCAUGCGAAAUUUAAUAUAUAUAAAUAAUAUAUUAUAUAUAAAUAGUGAAACCAAUAUAAGGGCGGGCAAAAUUAAGCGAAUUAAUUAUGAAUUACGAGUAUGUAGAGCAAACGCGGAAGGAGAGAGGAAGGAGUAGAAGCAGGAGCAGAAAAUUGAAUAAUAAUAAUACCUAUAAUAAUAAUUAAAACACACACACACGCGCAUCCGACUACAUAGAUGUAAAGGGCAACUUUCGUGCAUAUUUGAAUAUAAAUGUAUGGAUUAUAUAUGUUAGCUGAAUAACGAAACGAAAGCGAAUUGGAUACAUCACGAUUAUCUCUCAAUAGACCCCUCUUCGAACCAAACACACACACACACCGCACACCACACUUAACACACUCUUUAUUUCAACUCAGCCGUGUUUUGUCACCAUUAAUUAAUUAAUACAAACAAAGUCCAAUGAGAAUAAUUAUUAUAAUUAUGAAUUGUGCGGCACAUGAAGCAAACGAAAAUCGAUGCAUAAAUGUUUUUAAGUUAUACAUAAGAAAAACUAUGUAAUUAUUAGUGUAAUUCCUAAAACAAAACAAACAAACAAAAAAAGAAAAGAAAAAAACGAAAAAUACUAAAUCAAGCAAAGAACAGAUUACGAAACACUCUGAACUCUGAACUCGGAACCUUCCUGGCAACUAUAUACAAAAAAAAGAAAUGAAAUGAAGAUACCAAUUUCUACUUUUUUCUACAAACAAAAAAAAAACACCAAAACCACGAUGAAUAUUUAUUGAAAAUUGGUAAAAUCAAACUACGAACAGGAAAUGAAAUUGAAAAUAAUAAUGACGAAGAGGAAUCGUGUUAUGAAUGCAAUUGUACAUUAAUUUUUUGGGUUUCCCCAUUGGGUUUUCGAGUUAUUCGAGACUUUCUUCGCUUGACUCAACUGCUUCUUCCAUGGCUAAGAAUCAAAAUCGGAUUAACGCAUUGAUUAUUGUGCAUUUAUUUAGUUUUUACGUUCGCUGUUGUCUCAUUUGACAAUUGUUUAGUUUUGCAAGCAAAAUACAAAAUACAAAAGCGAAGUACGAACGCCGCAAAUCAUAACAAACAAAAAAAAAACAACAUGCAAUAGUGAAAAUUAAUUGUUAAGUUUACCGCAAAAUCCAUUAAAAAUGCCAGCCAGCCAGCAGUCCAGCAACAAAUGUUAUAAACACAGCCACACACCACCACCACUCACACACACACACAAACUCAACCACAAUCAACAAAUUAGCUGCAAUACUUGUUUAAUUGUUAGUCAACCGAUAAUACAAUAUAUUCUCCUCCAACUCUCAUGCCAUAUUUUCAUUGCGAAAGAAUGAUAAAAGAUACAAAAAAAGAAAAACACAAAAAAAUGGAAACGAAAACGAAAACUAAUAUAUAACAUUUAAGUAUAUAAUUAGCGACAUAAAUCAAUUGUGUGUGUAACUGUGUAUAAUGCAUAAAUAAUGAAAUCAAACUACUUUUGACAGCAGAGAGCGCAUAACAAAGGGAAAUUCGAACAUCAUUGCAACACACAAAACAAUACAAUUUUCCCCCAUGCUCCCCCCUUCCGAAAACCAAAAACUUAAACUCACACUAAAAACAAUCUGAACACAGGAUGCAAACAACAUUUUUCCCUAUAACAUACACACAACUUUUUCUACACUGUAAAAAACGCAACCGCAACCUUAAACCUUUUUUGAUAUAUACUGUAAAAGUACUAUGUUUGUGUCCUAUACUCUCGACCCAUAGUACGUUUUUGUCAGAUUUUACAUCAAGUUUUUUUGCUACUUUGUAAGCGUUUAGUUUGUUAGUUUUUUUAAAAAUGCGCUGAAUGUACUGAGAAAUUGGUUUUGAUUUGCUAAAUAAAACUGGUAUAUAAAACUAA